AUGACAAGAAAGGCGGUAAAAGGAAGCGUGAUAGCUGAUCUCCUGACAAAAAACCCAAUUGAUGAUUAUGAGGCUUUGGAUUUCGAAUUCCCAGACGAGCAUAUUAAUGUAAUAAGCAGCAAUGCUAAGGGGCAAGAUGAUGUGUGGGAGAUAUAUUUUAAUGAGGCAGUUAAUUUAUCUGGUAAUGGGAUUGGGGCGGUACUAGUAUCCCUAGAAGGGAAACAUUUCCCGAUAGUUGUUAAGCUAAAGUUUGACUGUGCCAACAACGUGGCAGUGUACGAAGCUUGCAUGAGUGGUUUACAAGUUGCCAUUGAAAUAAAGAUAAGGAAAUUGGAGGUGUAUGGGGAUUCAGCUUUGAUCAUUUAUCAAGUCAAAAAAGAAUGGCAGAUUAGAGAGCCAACACUGAUCCUAUACCAGAAGUAUCUCCUUGAGUUGAUAAAGGAAUUUAAAGAAAUCUCUUUCACUCAUCUGAGCCGUGACAAGAACUAA